CCCUAACUUCCUCCUUCCUUGCCCAGAUCACGGCCACAUCCAUUAGAAUUCUGCUUUGCUAAAACUUCACAUUGCAUUAACAAGAUUACUUAAUAUGCAUGACACCAUUGAGAUUUCAAGCACGAGGUACGGGGAGAGAGAAAACUGGAGGAGAAAGUGUAGGCAGUUUAAAGGGUGUUCUAGUUAACAAUCAUUAUUAUCACUGUCAUUUAUAUAACGCCAACAUAUUCUGCAAUGAUUUACAUUUAUAAAAUGGAGAUAUUUGAUAACUAAUUUACAUAUGGUAUGUACCAGAGACAAAGGUGAAGAAGGCCCUGCUCAAACCAGCUUGCAAUCUAUGGUCAUAGCAUAAACGUAUGCAUUUAUGAGAGAGACUUGUUGAGGUACCCAAUUAUAAAUAUGGCCUAUAUAUAGCAAUUUUUUUUAAUGACAGUUUUUAUCAAACAAUAAUAAUAAUGAUAAAACAAAAAAUAAAAAAAAAUGUUUUUAAUAUGUAACAUAAAGAGAGGAUAAGGUCACUCACGUAGCCAAAAGGUUUAUAGGUUCCCAGCAUCCGACCAUGUAUCAUCAUAUUUUUUUAAGUCCUUGUGGAUAGUAUUAUGUAUUAAAAAAGUAAGGAAGGAUUAUAUUGAGACAGUUUUCUAUUUUUUUCGCAUACAAUGUAGCAUCUGUGUUUUGCAGUGAGAAUUUCCCAAAAAACUUUACAUUCUUUAGGUUUCUUUCUACCUUUCAGAAUGAUAAUGCUUGCUAAUAAUAUUCUAGGGGUAAACUUGAAGUAGCUGUUUCUGUAUACAUUGUAUACAGUUUAGUUACUAAAAGUGUUAUGAAAAACCUUGUAGUGCUUAUUAUAGUUCAUCAGGACCUUGCACUUUGUUAGGUAAGAAUUCGAGGUAAAUUGUAGAUUUUAUCUUUAUUUGCUGAGUAUAGGUAUGUGGUUUUAGAUUGCAACUGUACAUCUCUCAAUUCAUUUAUUUAAAGUCUAAAUGCUUCAUUGACUUGGAUGUAAAAUUUAGCUUGAAUAUGUUUUUUUUAAUAAUAGCCUGUCUUGCACAUACUAGCCUUGUCUUAAUAAGUAUGCAAUUCUUUUAUUUGCUUAAACAGAUCUUUUAAAGACUUGGCCUUAUGCCCGUACAACAUGAUCUAGGUCUCUAAGCCACUUCAUUUGGGAUCUGUUACUUUCAUUAAGAAAUGUAGCUCAGCAAAUAGACAAGCCUCUGACAAUCAACUUGUUGGCUAGCAACAAAGUAAAUUUAGAGCUGAACUAUUAAAGUCAAAAUAAGCUGAAACACAGUUCUUAUGUGAUCAACAAACCAAACAUGCUGUAGGAGAGUUUCAUUAAAAAUAAAAUCCCAGGAGAAAAUAUACCAAGUGUAAUUCUGGCAGUGUUGUAUGGGUGGUAUGAUAGAAAAUUAUGGGGGGGGGGAAGGGGGGAAAUAUACAUUAAAGGGACAUUGCACUACUCAAAUAUAUUUUUUUUUAAAACACUGUUUAUUACAUAUACCACCAAUGAAAACAUACAUGCAUUUAUUCAUUCAUUCUUUUUUUCAGUUGGGUUAUAUCUAAAAACAACUUGCAAAAGCUGCAGACCUCUUGUCUGUAGCUUUUGCAAGCCCUCCUCUUUUAACUCCACCCAGCCUUUCUGUGGCUGUCCAAUCACAGACUUCCCAAUGCAGCUCAAUGUGGAGUCUUGGUUUGGUGAGAACCCAGAUACUGCAAAGCUUGGGGAUUGGCAGCAAACACAGCGCCUUAAACUAUAUAUUUAUUUUCAGUGCUGUUAAUUAAGCAUUUUUCAAGCUUUAAUCUACUUUGCUGAAUAAUGUAUGUGAAAAGAAUGGGUUGAAUGCAGCCUGGAGUGUAAAGUAUUGCACAGUGGUUUUAGGAACAGUCUUUAAGGAGUAAAUACUGUUUCAGGGACUGUUCCCAGGGGUCUCCACUAUUUGCCCCCUUAAAUUGGCUCCAGAAAGUAACAAACAUCGUUUAUCUCGCUUGUUUAUAUCUCUAAACAUGUAUUUUCUGUGUAGGACCCCGGGGAGUUCUACACGUUAGAGAAACUGUGACCAUGUCCCCGCGACGCACAGGCACCAUUUUGGUAGAGAAUGACGGUAUUAUCAUCUUACUGGACUUCGGGCAAAUGGCCGCUUGCUUGCCUUAUACAACAUGAACACGGGUCGCUUAUCUCUAGCGUUUGCAGCCAUUCCAGCAAUCACGUGACUGUAUCCCUGCACGGUUCCGUUUCCUCUCACUCUUGCGGCUACAUGUGAGCCUCGUGACGUCACGCACCAGCAAGUAAGUAAAUUAUGGCUAAUUGUGAAUUGAAAUCUAUGGAUUCCUGUUAUUCUGACACCAGCAUGUACAUUAUAGGAAAUAAAAAAUAAAACAAUAAGCCUCCAUGUUAAUAUUGGGUUCUUUGUUUUAUAUUAAUGAUAUCCUAAAUAAAUGUUUUAUAUUAAUUAUAUCCUAAAUAAAUUCUUCUUAUUAAUUAUAUGUGAGCAUCUCGGUGCUCCCUGUCACUGUUUGUUUGUAUGCAGGUUAUACGUGUUGUCUCUUUUUUUUUAGUUUUCAGUACAAUAUCUACAUCAUGUAAAAAGGUAUUGAAUAAAUAAAUGUUAAAUAAUUUUCCUUUUGUUCAGUUUGUCUGCGAUGUUUUCUUAAAUCAAACCCUUUGUUUCUGUAGGAAUGUACUAAGCUGGUGUCCUCUUUUUCUUCCGCUUCUUCAGGAUGGACGAUUUGACAGAUGCCCUUGCCGGAAGCUUUUCUGUUUCGUCGUACCUUAACAAUCCAGAUGCUCCUCAUCCUCGGUUAUCUCAGUACAAGGGCAAGUACAGUUCUUUGGAGCAAAGUGAACGAAGGCGAAAAUUACUGGAGCUACAGAAAGCGUAAGAAAAAGAGCCCGUACAAGGUUAUUCCUUAAAGUGUAAAAAUUUUAAUUCACUUUGUGUCCCCACAAAAUUCAUGUCAGUGCGCAAUCAAAGGACGUCUCUUAUUACUUAACAUUGAUAAAUGGGUCUAGUAGCACCUCACGUACAUAUGUUUGAAAUAUCACGGCAGUCAGGGUUAUUUAGUAACCUCUGAAUUGUAGCUAAUUAAAAUCUGGAUGAGCAAAAAUAGCUAAUCUGAACAAAUUAUGGAGAACUGAUACAGUCUUCCAAUUCACAGGAAACGCUUGGAUUACUUAAACCAUGCUCGACGUCUAGCAGAGGGGGAUUGGUCAUCGAAGGAUGAAAAGCAAGGUGAUCAGGAAGGACCUAAGGAAGAUGCAGAGGAUGAGGGCGAUGAUGAGAUGGAUGUCGACCCUGGAAAGAAGUUACCUAGACAUUAUGCUAACCAAGUGGGUGGUAGUGGGAAGUAAGACUUGCAUCUUUUUUGCGUAAUCUAAUGUCUCGCUGCACUUUUUAACAGUUUGUUGUGCUUCUUUUUAUUCCUUCCCCCACAGAUCAUGCUUUCUGAGUGGCUAAUAGAGAUUCCUCCAGACUUGGCUGAACUUUGGCUUCUUGUAGUAUGUCCAGUGGGGAAGCGUUCUUUGAUUGUUGCAUCUCGGGUACCUUUUUUUCAAUAUUUCAUUAUCACCUUCUCCCUAUGUGUUUUCCCACCUCCCCCCAUUAACCACUCUGUUAUUGAUUACAUCAGGGCUCGACAGCAGCAUACACUAAGAGUGGCUACUGUGUGAACAGAUUUCCAUCCCUGCUUCCAGGUGGCAACCGACACAACAGCUCUACUGGCAAAGGUGAGGGACUGAUUAUUGGGUUGUGGGUGUGAGAUUCAUUGAUGAUCUUUGUUAUAGCAGAGGGGGUGCAUGGGAAAUAAGGAGGAAUAUAUUAUAUAUUUACCCAUUCUCCUUUACAGAUUACACCAUCUUGGAUUGCAUAUUUAACGAGGAGACACGGACAUAUUAUGUUCUGGAUGUAAUGUGCUGGAGAGGUCACCCAGUGUAUGAUUGUCAGGUAAUUUGUGAGUGAUCGUAUAUGUUUUAUUGUUUUGAAAUAUUGUGGCAUGUAAUUACACUUUCUUGGAUGGCAUAAAUCCUCAUUAUCCUGCAAGAUCUGGAUCAGUGGUAGGCAACCUUCAGCACUCCAGAUGUUGUGGACUACAUCUCCCAUAAUUCCCUAACAGCCAUAAUGCUGGCAAAGCAUCUGGAGUUCCAAACGUUGCCUACCCUGAUCUAGAGCAUAUCUGUCAUGAAGGGUCUUCAUUAGGAACAAAGUAGUUUUACUUUUUUUGGGGGGCCCCUGGUAAUGGACAUUGAUGUUCUCAUUGAUGGCAAGCAAGCUAACACCAGUUAAUGCAAUGAUAUAACCGCGGGUUGCUGUCUGAUCAGCGUAGUAUAUAUAUGUUUUUUUUUGUUGUUUUUUUUUAUUGUGCAGGUGUUUACAGAGCAUAUCAGUAACGCCACAACAGCGUAUGCGUUAAUCAUUACAGCAUUAACAGUAGCACGUAAAAUAGUGCACACUUUAUAUUUUAUAAUAAGACGAUUUUGAGCCAUUUCAACACAUCAAGCGUGUUGUGGAGUGAACUGGUCUAGAUACCAGUGGGUAAGUCAGGUAUGUUUAGCGACUUAAGUUUGAGCUCUAGGCUUGAUCAUAGUUUCUUAACGUCUAUGUCUUGAUGCUUUGUAGGCAUAGUGCCUAAGAGUAUGGUCAGCCCUUUUGCCAUUGGUAAAUGGGGUUUCCACUCUAUUAAGGGCAGCGCAUGGUGCGCAGUAGGCAAUUUGUAACAGUCUAUUGAUUUAGGGACAGGUAAACAUGUGAACAUAUAAACAUAACCAGGCUCCUUCGUGGGUGCCAGGGGAACUUCAGUAGGCAUUUACAUUGGGUAGAUUGAUAUGGCAAUACAGUGUAGUGACAACUUGUCCUUGUCCAUGUUGUGAACCCCAAGGAACAUCAAUGAGCGGGUGGUGCAGAUCCUCAAGUCCACAUGUGGUUUCAUGUUUAGCCCGUUGACAUUACUGUUUGGGUGGAUCUUCUUGGGACAAAUGUCUCGGAGGUGGCCGGGUUCCAUGCGUGGGUGUUAGCGGGUUUGUGGGGUUGCUGCAGGGCAUCUUGUGGGAGGCCCCAGGUCGCUAAGUGCAUUCUCGCCUCUUGUGGGUCAGCAAUUGAGUAAUUAGCGUCUCCAUGAAGCACCUGUAGUUUGUGGGGUGGUAUUUGACGCUGUGUGCGCGGAGUAAGGUGGUGAGUGGCCUGAGGGUUGCACGCCAUGCCAUUGUUCCCCGUGACAGGUCCGUAUAGAACGUGAGGGACAUGUCCUCAAAGGCAUACGGUGUGUUUCCCCUGGUGGCGGCCAUUAUUGCUACUUUGUCUUGACGUUUUUGUAAUGUGACUAUUAUAUCCCUGGGUGCCGCUAGUGGGGCUGUCGUGGGUUUGGGUAUUCGGAAUGUGCCAUCUAUGCUUAUUCCUCUGGCCUGCUUCGCGGGGAGAAUUUUGCUUACCAGGCGUCUUAUGAGGUGAGGUACUUCAGCGUCUGGGACUAUUCCCCUGAUCUUGAGGUUUUGGGCACGCCGUGCAUCUUCCAUCGCCGCUAUUUUUUUGUUCCACCUGCAGGUGCUGCUGUUGUAGGGAAACUAUGUCUCGCUGCAGCGUGGUAAGUUGCUGUGUGUGGUUGUUGGAAUCCACAACACCCAUGCGGUCUGACAGGCUCUGGAUAUCUUUCUUCAUGUUCGCCAUGUCGGCCUGGAUGUUCUGUCGGAGUUCUGCCAGUAGCUCCCGCAUCUCAGCCUUCGUGACCAGUGUAGCAUCCGACUGUGUCUUGGGCUGUGUCGGCGGUCGCACAGCGGGUAAGGUCACCUCUUCUUGGUCCGAAAUUUGGUCAUCGAAGUUAUUGAAGUCGUCCACAUAGUCUGUAUAAUCUGCCAUGUUAGGCUCUUGGGCUCCGUGCGCUCUCCGCCAUAGGUCCCCAAUACUUGCGCCUGGUCGUGGCAUGUCCGAUUUUUAGUUUUUUAUUCUUCUUUCCCAUUGUUGCUUAGAUUGUUGGGGUUAAUCAGCUUGUUUCUUUCGCUUUUUGGGGGUGGUAGUCGAUGUUUUUAUCUGUAAAAGUGCUUUUAUUUCUCGCAGCUCGCUGGAGUUGCGACCAGUCGGCUCGGCUGUUGGCUCCACCCCCCAGUAUAUAUGUCUUAUUCUGCCAUUAGGCUGUGUUUAAUACCUGAUCAUUCCCCUUGCAACCAAAUUUAGAUUUUCACAAUGAUAUUAGGCGUAUGUUGCUGAUAAAAGAGGAGGAGUGGGGUGCUUAAAAGAGUAGAUGGAAAGGUGCAAUCUAAAAUGGGACAAGGGGAUUUUUAACUACUGAAAUAGGGCUAACAUGUCUGGAGGGGGACUUAUGAUUUUGGAGCAGGUACCGAUGGUAUUGUAUAAUUACUGGGACCGUGCUAAUGCCAAUGUACACUGAAAUUCUCUAUCCUGGAAUAAUGGAUACGCAUCUUAUUAUUAAAUGCAGGUCAUGAAAUUCUUGCACUAGUCCGUAAACCAUAAUACAUUUACUUACUGGGGACUGCUGUUUGAAUUGCCUCUUUUCUUGUAAUGUAAUACUUACUUUUAUCUCCUUAGACGGAUUUUCGUUUCUACUGGCUGCAGUCAAAGCUUCAAGAACAUGAAGAUCUGUGUGAGAUUUCCAAGCGUAACCCAGUAAGUAGCAGUCUGCCGUGGAAUGGGGGGGGGGAUAAGGGAGGAGGAGUAAACAUAUAUACUUGGAAUUACAAAAUAUGUUAAUGGUAAACGGAAUUUCUGCAGGGAACAAGAUAAAUAUUUGAUAGAAACAAGAAUAAAAUACAGUACUUUUAUUAAUGUUGCUGAUCUUCAGAAAUCACUAAUUAAUGGUCUUCUGUGCUGUUCACUUUUCAUUCUCAAUUCUUGUUCUUUUUACUUUUUCAGUUCAAGUUUGUUGGCCUGGAUAACUUUCCUUGCUCUCUGGAGUCUGUGCACAAUGUUUUGAUGCAAGAAUUUCCUUAUAAGGUACAAACUCGAUUUAUCAGAUAAGUAGAUACUUAAGUGUAUAAGUUAUAAGUAGAGAAUAUGCUUCUAACCUUGAAAUUCAGUGAAAGUCCUGGCAUGUCAUAAAGUGGUCAAUGGAAUGGUACACAAGCUGUCAAUAGAACUGAGAGAGACGAGACAUCUCUGUGCUGGUGGCAUAGUAGUCUUAGCUGAGGACCAAGUAACAGCAAAAAGCAGGAGAACAAUUUUUCAGGCGGUAGUCCUACUCUCAUUUUACAGUGAUAUUUCCCCAGCAACAGUUUGUCACGCUUGCAGGACAAAUAUAGUAAGUUCUGACGCUGAUGUGUUGACAUUGUAGCCAUCAUCUUGGUAUCAGGUUUGAGGAUUUUCCUGCUUCGAUAAUUUUUUUUCAUGCAGGAUCAAUUGUGUUUGAUAGAGACAGGACCAAUGGGUGGAUGUUACAAUACUUUUAACACCCAUGGACCCUCUGAGAAUGGCAGUACUAGAGGGAGAGGUAAAAGGUAAGUACUAACAGUUUAGAAUGGUUUGGCUUCUUACCUGGGGUUUGUUGGUUGCCGCUUCUCACCUACACUACAUAGAACUGGAAGUUCUCUGUCUUAGCUAAGCCCAGCAGUGCGUGGCUUUGUGCAUUGGCUGAGAGCAUUCCGUUGACGAAGAACUAUCACUGCACUUGCAGAGCCUAGUUUAGAAGACCCAACACAAGGUCCUGCUUAGGAGCUUCUGGCUUUCUGUUGGCUGUGGUGGACACAGGUAUCGGCACCUGAUGGACCCCAGAUAAGAUGUCAAAACAUUUUCAAACCGUUUACUUGAUUAAGGCCAUUGGGCUGAAAUGUUGUAUUAUUUCUUUUUGUGUUCCUUCAAUAAACUGCACAGUGCAUCCUACCUGUGGAUUCUCUGUUGGAUACUUUUACUUGGCAGUUUUGGGCUUCCACCACAGAACAUCAGGAGGUGCUCCAGCUCCCACGCUUUUUAUUUUUUCCCAAGAGUGCCACACCACUUUAAUUGUUUAAAAACAGUAUGACUGCUUACAAUGAGGCAUUAUUGACACCGUAGCCACUUCUUUUGUGUUUACUAUGUUUGGAGUUUUCGUUUUAAUGUGGACCUGCCAUAACAGGUUGACAUUAGAUAUUAACAUGCUUAUUCAAAAGGGUAUUUUAGAGAUGUCAAAAUGCAUGUGUAAACAUUAGAGAUCCUGACUGUUUUUCCGCUUAUUGCCCCAUCAACAGUUGUUUAUGUUGUCUUGGAUUUUCUUUUCUCCAUUUUAGCUCUAUAACUCACAUUACUAACUUUGGGUUAAUGGAAAACCAGAAAAGAACUAGUGCUAAGGAAACGUUUAUAUCUUGUAUUGGAAAUGUAAUGAACAUUAGAAUUACAGCAGACUUCUUUUUUUCUGAAACAAAACUAUUUAUAAAACGGUACCUGUUCAGACCUGUCUAGAUGUUUUUACCUUUGUAAUAGGAAGGUGAAUUAAAAUGUUAUGAAACACUGCUCUAGCACAACAGAGCUUUAUUGACAAUUGGGGAGCUUAUGACAUCGUACAACAUUUUCUCCACUGUUUUCUGUUCCCUUCAUUCCUUACAGGUCGAUGGACUUCUCUUUUACCAUAAACACACUCACUACACGCCUGGUAGCACUCCACUGGUUGGAUGGCUACGUCCAUAUAUGGCCCCUGAAAUCCUGGGCUUUCCCACCCCUCCAGGGCCUUUGGCAGAAAAGCCAUCAUAUGCCCAAGAACAGAUGCGUCAAAUUCUAGAAAAUAAGAAGGGGGGUAAGGGUGGAGCGGAGGAUGGGAGGUAUGAACUGGAACACCUCUCAACACUGCCACCACCUGAGUGAGAAACUGGAUUGGAGGAUUAAAACGAAUUUGUAUCUGCAGCCAGACAAUUUGUGUGGAUGGAAAUUCCCCAUGUUUUCACUUGCUCUGCAGUAGAGCUUUCUGUUGUGUGCAAUGGGGUAAUACAAGUUGUUUCAAUCAAGGUCGAGAUGGAAUACAGGAGAAUUCGUUUCUGUUCCCAGAUAAAACAUCACGUUUAACAUGGAGUCAUUGAAAAGGACUUAUUGGUGUUCUGCUGUUUUACAGACAAUUUCUUUUCCACCGUUGUUUGUUUUUUUUGUAUUGUGGCUCAGAGGCUCUGAAUAUGGAAUAAAAUGUGGCCACAGAAACCUCAGCUUGUUUAUUUGUAAUAAAAAUCUAAUUCUUUCAUUUUGUAUUAAAAAAUAAAUAAAUUUUUUUCACUUAUUCACUAAAACUGAAGUGGAGAAUUGAGAAAGGAAGUACAAUUAUUUUAGGCCAAAUCUCUGAACUCAAAUUUUCUCCAGUAAAUGUUCACCUUUCCUUCUUCAACAAAUUAUCAAAUUACUUGUCUUUUUCUCUCUUCUCAGUGUCUUUUAUCCUAGCUUUGACGCAUUAUUGAUAAUGGCUGGUGUUUCUGUCACUGUUUCGUUUAAUAUACCAUUUCAGCAGAUUCUUAUCUCGAUAAACUAGAGAAUGCAUUAAGGUGAACUAGUUUCACUGUUCCACCAAAACACUCAUAGAUAGCCUUAGUGUUACUCCUCUCAUGAUGAUGUUAUAACACAGCAAUCAUUGUGUACGCUCAGCUGUGUUUGUGUUUGCUUGUUGUUUAUGCCACCUGCAUUCACUGAAUAGGUCCAGGUGUAAUAAACCAUUUUAUUCUUAGUGCAGCCUGAAGUGUUUUUUUUCCUUGCAUAAAGAGUUAGGUGUUGGGA